AUUUAAUAGAAAAAAUAGUAAAAUUCUAAUAAUGAAACUUUUCAGGUAUUAGAAGAGAAUGGCUAAUUUAUAUAAAAAUAAUUAAACGAAUUAUAAAUCGGAUAAAUAAUUAAAAUUUAAUUUUAAUAAAGAUUACCUUGCGAUAUAGUACUUUUAUACACAAAAAACUAAAAUUCUUAAUGUGUAAUUUCUACUUAAUUUAUUAGUGGAUAAACUGAUUAUAUAAAUAAAGUUCCAAUAACUUAUUUUUAACAAUAAAUUUAAAUUAAUUAAGAUAAUUAUGAUAAUUUUAAUUUUAAUUAUUUAGAUGCUUUUAUUAAAAUAAAAAACGAAAAUAAUGAACUUUUAGACAAAUUUGAAGGUAGUUUUAAAAUUAUAUAACAUGAUGGUGAGAUAAUAAAAUAAAGUUUAAAUGCUUAAAAUGUUGUUUGGUAUAAUUCUAUUUUACAUUCAAACGAAAUAUUAGGGAUUAUUAUAAAUGUAGGGAUUAAUAGAAAAAUAUUUAAAAACUAGUAAUUUUUGAAAAGUAAGUUUAGCAAAUUUAACUCUGAAAUUAAUUAUAUUUUCUUUUAUGUUUUUUUUAUAUUCUUUUAAUUACUAUACUUAACUUUCAUUUUACUUAGUUCUAUAAUCCCUAUAAGUUUGAAAAUAAAUUUAGAUAUAGCCAAAAUAAUAUAUAUAUUUAAAAUAAAUUGUUCUAAAGAUAUUGAAGGAGUUAUAACUUAGAAUAGCUUUAUAAAUGAAGAUUUAGGCAAAAUAUAAUACUUAUUAUGUGAUAAAACAGGGACAUUAACUUAAGAUGAAUUAAAAAUAAAAUAUGUAUAUGUAGAUAAUUAAAUAUAUACUGAUAAUUAAAUUACAUCAUUAAAGCAUUCAAUCACUUAAAAAAGUAUUUUAUUAAUUAUAUAUAAAUAAUUUUUCUUUUAAAUUAUUUUUUCUAUAUAUAAAAAGCCAAGAAAUUAAUAAAGUAAAUCUUUUGACUUAAUAAAAGCUUUGGCAAUAUGUAACAGUGUCAUAUUAGACUAAGAAAAAAAAGUUUAUUAAGGAAAUAGUCCAGAUGAAAUUUCUUUAGUAGAAUUUGCAAAUAAUUUAGGAAUAAGUUUAACUUAUAGAAAUGCUUAAAUUAUAAGCAUAAGUAUUUAGAAUGAAUAAAAUAAUAUUCAAGAAGAUUUUCAAGUUUUACAUGUAUUAGAUUUUACUGAAGAAAACCGAAGAAUGGGAAUAAUAGUUGAAAAUUAAAACAAAAUAAUAUUUUAUUUAAAAGGAGAUGAUAAUAUAAUAAAGUAAUACAUAAAUGAUAAAGCUUAAUCUAUUUUAUGUGAAAAUCAAGCAAAUGAACUAACAAAUUUAGGUCUUAGAACAUUAGCUUUUAGUUAAAGGACAUUUGAUAAGAAUUUUAUUAUACAUUGGAUAUAAUAGUAUUAAUAAGCUUAAUAAUUAUAAUAAAAUAGAAAUCAUGCACUUAAAAAAUUAAGAGAAUAAAUUGAAAAGCAAAUGGAAUAUUUAGGAGUUGUAGGACUAGACGAAAGUUUGUAAGAAAAUAUAAUUUAAACAAUAACAAAUUUUAAAAAUGCAGGAAUUAAAUUAUGGAUGUUAACAGGCGAUAAAAUUGAAAAUGCUACUUUUGUAGCAACUGCGAGUGGUAUAAGAGGUAAGAAUUAAAUAUUUCAAAGAAUUCAAAAUGUAUAUGAUGAUAUAGAUAUAAAAGCUAAACUUUAAUAUUUUUAGAGUGAUAAUAAUAAAUAACAAAUAUUAGCUAUUGAUGGAUAAUCACUUAAAGUUGCUUUAGAAGAAUACGAAUAGAAAUUUGUUGAAAUAUGUUUGAAUGCAUAAUGUGUUAUAUUUGCUAAAUGCUCAUCUUUGUUAAAAAAAUAAAUUAUUGAUUCUAUAAAAAAAUACUCAAAUGUAAAAAUUGCAGCAAUAGGAGAUGGAGAUAAUGAUAUUAAAAUGAUUUAAAAUGCAGAUAUAGGAAUAGGUUUUUAUUUUAUAUAUUAUUACUUAUAUUUAUUUCAUAUAUUUAAAGGUAUUAAUAAAGGAAACAAAUGCUAAGCUGCUUUAAAUGCUGAUUUUUAAAUAAAUAAAUUUUCCGAUUUAAAUUAAUUAUUAUUAUGGCAUGGAAGAUUAAUUUAUACUAAAAGUGCAAUGAUUACUUAGUUUAUUUUAUAACGAGGAUUAAUUAUAUCAUUUAUUUAAAUGAUUUUUAUUUGUAUGUUUUAAAAUGUUCAAAUAUCUGCACUUAAUGAUAAGUUAAUUGUUAGUUAUGCUACCAUUUUUAAUAUUUUGCCUGUUUUUUCUAUUAUAUUUGAUUAAGAUGCCAAUGUAAAUAUAUUUUAAAUUGUAUUUUUAUAUUUAUUUUUAACAAAAAGUUACAAACAUCAAUUGAAAAUCCUUAAUUUUAUAAAGUUUUAGCAAAAAAUAAAGAACUUAAUUUAAAAGCCUUGCUUUCUUGGAUUUGGAUAGCUGUAUUUUAAGUAAAAUAUAUAUUUGCUUAUUUCAUAAAUAUUUAUUUUAAAAGUCUUCAAUAUUGAUUUUGUUAUCUUGUAUUUUCUUGAGUUAAUAGUACUUUUUAUAUUUAGAAAUAAUUGUUUUUGUGAUUUUAAUUAUAUUGGAAUAUCUAUUUAUUUUUACUCAUGUAAAAAAAAAAAUAUAUAUAAUAAAAUAAUUAAUAUUUAUUAUAUUAAUUAUUAGGUUUAUAAAAUAAAAUGGGAAAUUAUUUUAUUAAACUGUAUUUCGAUUUUAUUCUAUAUUACAAUAUUAAUUUUUAUGUAAGAGUAAUUUGAUAUAAAUAGUAUUUGGUAAUUGAAAUUUAUAGGAUAUAUAAUUGCUAUUGUAAUAUUAUGCUGGAUUCCUGUUUAUGGAUUCUAAAAAUUAAAAAGAAAAAUAGAUCCUACUGAUCAUGAAAAAGUAAUGAAAAAAAUAUAGGAAAAAAUAACAAACUAAUAAAAUUUGGAAUAAUAAAUAUUAUAAAUAUGA